AUGGCAGUGUUUUGGAGAUCAUUUUCUUCAGAUGAGUCCGUGAAUAAAGUGAAAACAAAGCAGCCUCCUAAAAAGAGAAAGCUUAAGAGACCAAGAACCCAGAAUGAGGAGGAGUUUGAUGAGGGGCUGACUUGUGAUGAACCGAUUACAUUCCCCUGCUCUGUCUGUCACCGUGAAAUCAGUGCAGCUGGGAUGUUUUUCCAUAAGAAACAUCACAAUGCUCUGAGCACUCUGGGUUUCCACUGGAGGGGAGGGAGAAAGCCGGUGUCUUCCGUGAUCAUUAGUCAGAGACAGUUUGUGAUUUCUAAAUUUCUGACAACGUCUCUAUUCAGUGAAAAAGUCCUUCAGAGUAUGAACUAUGCGUUUGAGCUUCUUCGGAAGAAACAAGUCCUAUCGCACUUCAAACUCUGGGAUACGGUUGGCCAGACUUCUACAUAUUCUCCAAACGCCCACCACCUGCUAAUUAAAGGUGUAGCCAUCUGUGGCAACAGCAACUCAACUUGGGAAGCCGACCCAAACUGUAAAUUCACCUUCACAAAUGAUUUCGGUGACAAAGCCAAUACGUGCUUUUUUGCUUUGUUUGAUGGCCAUUAUGGCAGUGCGGCAGCGGACCUGGCGUCAAAAGAGUUCCAAAUUUUACUUCUCCAUCAACUGUCUAAACAGGAUCCUUCCUACCAAAUGACAGACGAGCAGCAAAAACUGAUCAAAUCCUUUCACACCGUCUUCAGGCAAGAAUACAAAGCCAGAGAAGAGAUCUUCUCGUCCACACCCAAAACCCUCAGAACCGAUAAAUGGGAGUAUGAGAAAAUACACAAAGCGUUUGCAAAGGCAUUUUGGAGAAUGGAUAGGCUUCUCCGGCUGGGAAGGAAUGAGAUCUCCCGGGUUCGAUGGAGUGGCUGCUCAGCGCUCACUUGUCUAUUAGAAGGUGGGAUUAAGUACCCGUACCUUAAUAAGGACUGGAGGGAAAACAAUCAGCAGGGUACCAACAGUUUUUCCUUCCAGAAGAUUCCACAGAUCAUCUCUGGGGUACUACACAUUGCAAAUGCUGGUAAUGUGCAAGCAGUCUUAUGCAGAAAUGGAAAAGAGUUUUGCCUGACUAAAGAACACACUACACAGAACACCAAAGAAAGAAGAAGAGUCCUUCAUAAAGGAGCAGUGAUCAGUUCCAAUGAGGCCCACAGCUUCCUGGAAGGGCACAUAAAAACCACCAGGGGUCUUGGAUUCCAUGGAAACCUCACACUGAAAAACUUCAUCAUUCCAGCACCCCAAACAAUUUCUGUCCCUAUAGAUGAUUUAUGUCAGUUUCUCAUCUUAGCCACUAAUGGACUUUGGGAAGUUCUAGACAUGAAGGAAGUCACUGCACUGGUAAUAACCUUGUUUCAUACAUAUAAAGAAACAUGUGCUUCUGACCCUAGAAAGAAAUCCUGGCCAUCGGUAGAGCAUCUUUCUCCUCCAUCAGACAAUCACAUCCACGUGCUGUUCCAGUACACACCUGAAUCUGAAGAAGUUAUGUCAACUACAAAUCUAGUGAAAACGUCAUCUAAUUCAAUAGACUCCGAAGCUAGCAUUCAGCUUAAAAAUGCAGCAACAUUUCCUCCAGAAGUGACUAAUUAUGAUGCUUGCAGCAAAAAAGAAACUAACACCUCCCCCACUAUUGACAGUAAGCAGGGAAGCAAGAAUGAAUUCUGUGCUAAGAAUUUCUAUGAAGACGCAGCUGAGUACAUUGGCUGUGAACUCAUAAGCACUGCCUUAGCAGGUGGGUCCAGAGACAGCAUCACUGUUAUGGUGAUGCUUCUCAGUGGGAGUUGAGUAUCACA